AUGAGGCGUGGACGUGUCCGCAUUCCCGCCAUACACCACUCCAUGUUACAUACCUUCCUGAACAGAACAUCCACCUCAUUCGCCUGUGCUUUCUGGGCGGGUGGGGAGCGUGUGGCACCUGUCCACACCCUCGUCACUCCUGAGAGGCCUAACAAUGAGGCCACGGAGCAGUCACAGGUCAGACUCAUGCACAUGCUCCAAGUCGUCCACAGUCGCACUCAACACAACAGCAUACUCGGAGAUUACUUCGCAAUGCCCACCGAAAUCAACAUUGCAUGUGACACCUGGAGUGGUGUAGCAGUGGCGCACAAGUACAGUGCCCUCCUCACUCAUGCCUCCCCCACUCCCAGCACCAUUUGCACCUCACCGCAUCACGCCUCACUGGCUCACACCUCAUCACGACAGACAGGUGGUGCAGCGUGCAAAGGCAAGGUGUCUGUGCCUCACAUUUGCCGCGCAGACAAUGGUCAGCACGAUGAACAUUGUGCGUGCUUACUCGGUGAACAGAUUGGUAGAACGUGUACGCAAUUUGUGUGUUUACUCGAAGCCGUUGGAUGUGGUUGGGGUAUGGUGUUUGUGUGUGUGGGUAGAUGGUGGGUGAGGUGGAGACGCAAGUUGCACACGUAG